GAUACAACCUAGACUAAUAAUGUAAAUAUAAUACAAUAUAAACUAUGAUAUAUGAUAUGAUGAAAGACAAUAUAAAUGAUGAUAUAAUUCAGAAACAUAAACGUUGUUAUGUUUAACACUUACUGAGAAUGGAAGAUUCGAGCCAAAUCUUUGAGGUCAAGAAAUUAUUAGAAGCACUAGAAAAUAAUGUAAUUUCUGAAGAAAAUGUUGAAUCUUUCAUAGAAUCAACUUUAAAUCUGACGACAAUUGAUCCCAGCUCUUUGGUUUACACCAAUCUUAGGAAAUAUCUAGGUGUUUUUGCAUUCAAUAAAGGUGACUUACUUUCAUGUGCUUAUAACUUUCAAGAAUCAUUAGGACCUGCUCUUCGCCCAUAUAUCAAUAAAUUAUUCAAUCACAAAUUGAAUAAAAAUGGUGCAGCUACAGUCUGUAGUGAGCAAGCAUUUAAUUCUAUUGUUAAAAAGUACAACACAAAGGAAUGGAAAGAGAAUAAAUUACUCGAAGCAUUAAAAGAUGAUUUUGUGGAAUACUAUAUAAAUAAUAAUCAAAAAGCAGAUGCAAUAGGCAAUGACUUUAAUUCACUACCAUUUGUAAAAUGCAUCUCGCAUUCCACUGACAUUGAAUCUAUGAAAAAAUUGAAUGAAGGUCUACCACCAGAAUGGACAAUAGCGCAAAUUACAAAGGGGCCAUGUCAAAAUGACAUGGUAGGGCCCAUUAGUCGAAACUUGUCGACAUUACCCAUAUAUAUCACUAUAUUUUCAGGUGAAAACGUGGACAUUAAAAAUCACCAACCUAUAACAAUAUGUGUUAAACCUAAUAAAGGUAGUAAAUGUAUUUUAACUGAACUGUUGGAUAUAUUGCAUGAAUAUGAAGUUGACAAAAAAAAGUCACGAAACGAGUUACAUUUAAAUUAUAAGACAUUGUUGUUAGAAUUUGAAGAUUAUUUUGGUGGUAUCGCCAGCUUGUUACUUGGGAAAUUAAAAAGUAAUCAGGAUGAUUAUAAGAUUAUUUGCAAAGAGAUUGAUGAUUGCAUAAAAGAUUUCAACAUAACACAAGAACAAAAGAUUUUAUUAUAUAAGCUGGCAGUUUACAUUGGGUAUUCAUGUUCUUUUGAAUCUAUUAACAACGCACUCAAAGUAAUUUUGCCUAAGCAGGACGAUUCCAAUGCUAGACAAAUGCUGUCAAUGCAUUUCAAGAGCCGUUAUCAUUCUGAUGAACCUCAUUACAAGAGUAUAAGGAAGGCAGAACGAGGCCCAAUAAUACUUAUUGUCGAUCAGGAUUUAGAUCAUAUCCCAUGGGAAGUAUUAAAAUGUUUUCAAUUGCAAUCAGUAACACGAGUUCAUUCGCUUCACUUAUUACAUGCACUGUACUACACCUACAAAGAACAGAUAAAAGAGGGAUACUUUAUUGUUGAUAAACUGAAGGGAAGUUACAUAUUGGAUCCAGAUAAAAAUUUAAAUUUCAUGGAAAUGAGGGUGAAAUCAUUCAUAAAUUAUUGGUUACCCAAUUGGAUCGAUGGUAUUUCAGGCAGGCAAGCUACAACAGAAGAGUUCUUAGAUCUUAUAAAAUCUAGUUCAAUAUUCUAUUAUGCUGGUCAUGGUGGUGGUCAAAAAUUCCUAUCCCACGACGUUUUGGAAGCUCAUGAUUUGUCCUGUGUUGCUUUGCUAAGUGGAUGUUCUUCAGUUUCAAUAAGGAGAUUGGGUAUUGCAGAAGAAUAUGGACUUCAUUUAUCAUACCAUAUUGCUGGCAGUCCCUGCUUAGUUGGAAAUUUAUGGCAAGUUAGUGAUAAGGACUGUGACUUCAUGAUGUCGAGGUUAAUUUCCACUUGGAUUCCUGGUCCAAAAUCACUUAAACACUUCAUACAAUGCAAUACUGAGAGAUGGGAUAAAGGAAUAAUUGACAACACAAAAGCUGCUUGUUUGAGAUCAAAUUUCAUAGGUCCUUUGCAUACUGAUAUUUUAUCAGAAUCAGACUUACAAAAAGCUGUUUCCAUUAGUAGAGGGUUUUGCAAGUCUUCCUUGAAUUCGUGUUCUAUGGUAGUUCGAGGGCUUCCAACUAAAUUAAUAUAUUAACAAAAUACUGAUUUUAGCAACUUCAUUAAUAUUGUAAAUAAUAUAAAUAAAAUAUUAGAUAUUUUUUAACAAAUUUAAAACUAUA